GUAUGGAUUGUUACCCGCACAAUUUCUAUCUGCGCAAGCGCGCCAGCAAGUCUCCUCCCUCUACCUGAGAGCAGAGAGCACCUGGAUCCAACGAGACGGAAGUUUUGAGAGGGCAGAAAACUGAGCAAAUCUUUUUGUCUCUGCGUAAAGUUUCUUUGAAAGUUGAAUCAACAAAAAGAAGAUCUCCAAUCGAAGCAGGAUGUCGUUGGUGGACAUCUUUGAGACACAUUUUAAGAGCUUUUCCAUUUUACGUCUGUAGUUCAUCGACUCAUGCUGAAUGUCAGUUCAAAGCCAGACUGCUCUCCACUCAAGAAGAAUGACAGUUCUCCGCAGAGUGCUCCGAAGGCGACUGCACCCAGUACAACUGGUGGUAGUGGCCCUUGUCUUCGUCACAUUAUUUGUCUUCAUACAAUGGGAGGUUGCUAGCCAAAACCAACAGGAGGACCCAUGGCUAAGGGGGAUGGCAGUGAAGCGGGAUGCCAUGCUGGGGAUGGUGAUGGGAGCUGUUAAUAACUUAAAGGAUGCCAUGCCAAAGAUGCAGAUCAGAGCCCCUGUUCGCCAGCAGGACAAUGCAGAGAGGGUGUCAUGUCCACCGGGUCACUACACUGCUGCUGAGCUCAGGCCGGCUCUGGAGCGGCCCCCUCAGGACCCUAUGGGUCCUGGAACUGCUGGGAAACCUUUCCACACAGACUCACUGAGCCCUGAGGAACAGAAGGAGAAAGAGAAGGGUGAAGAGAAACACUGCUUUAACCUGUAUGCCAGCGACCGCAUCUCCUUGAGCAGAGACCUGGGCGCAGACACGAGACCACCGGAAUGUAUUGAGCAAACCUUUAAGCGAUGCCCCCCCUUGCCGACCACCAGUGUGAUAAUUGUGUUUCACAAUGAAGGUUGGAGUACCCUGCUAAGGACAGUAUACAGUGUCCUCCACACCUCACCUACAAUUCUUCUCAAGGAGAUCAUCCUGGUGGACGACGCCAGCGUGGAUGAUGUGUUGAAGGACGGGCUGGAUGAUUAUUUGAAGCGCCUGAGUAUUGUUCGAGUUGUGCGCCAGCGUGAAAGAAAAGGACUCAUCACCGCUCGGUUGCUAGGUGCCUCCGUGGCCACAGGCGACACGCUUACCUUUCUGGAUGCCCACUGUGAAUGCUUUAAUGGGUGGCUGGAGCCCCUGCUGGCCAGGAUAGCUGAAAACCACACCGCAGUAGUGAGUCCAGAUAUAACCACCAUCGAUCUCAACACUUUUGAGUUCAUCAAACCCUCCCCAUAUGGGCAGAAUCACAACCGGGGUAACUUUGACUGGAGCCUUUCCUUCGGCUGGGAGAGUCUACCAGAUCACGAGAGACAAAGGAGGAAGGAUGAAACAUACCCUAUCAAGACUCCCACAUUUGCUGGUGGACUCUUCUCCAUCUCAAAAGACUACUUCUACCAUAUUGGGAGCUACGAUGAAGAAAUGGAAAUCUGGGGCGGCGAGAAUAUUGAAAUGUCAUUUAGGGUGUGGCAGUGUGGCGGACAGCUGGAGAUCAUUCCUUGCUCCAUUGUCGGCCAUGUUUUCCGUACCAAGAGCCCCCACACCUUCCCAAAGGGCACACAAGUGAUAGCACGUAACCAGGUUCGACUGGCGGAGGUCUGGAUGGACGACUACAAGGAUAUCUUUUACCGCCGUAACCAGCAAGCUGCGCAGAUAUCAAAAGAUAAAGCUUUUGGAGGGAUCUCCCAGCGACUGGACCUCCGUGCGCGGCUGCAGUGCAAGAGCUUCUCGUGGUAUUUGAAGAACGUUUAUCCAGAAGUCUUCAUGCCUGAUCUCAACCCACUCCGCUUUGGCUCAGUGAAAAAUGUCGGCAAGGACUCCUGUCUGGAUGUUGGAGAGAACAAUGAGGGUGGGAAACAGCUGAUCAUGUACCCGUGUCACGGACUAGGAGGAAACCAGUAUUUUGAGUUCUCCACACGUCAUGAGAUUAGGCACAACAUUCAAAAGGAGCUGUGUUUGCACGGGGCCGAUGGGACUGUGAAACUGGAGGACUGCCAGUAUAAAGGCGGAAAAACAUUAGUGGGAGCAGAGCAAAAAUGGGAACUGAAGGAUAACCAGUUAUUCUACAUGCCAGGAGGGAACAUGUGUCUGAGUGCCCGUCACGAGCAUCCCUCUCUGGCCCUCUGCAACCCCUCGGACAGAUACCAGCUCUGGACCUUCGUCUGAGUGAACUACCACUUUCGAAUUAUCCCUGGAUUCAUAGACGUACUAGGACAUGAGUAUACUAUACUGUAUGUGGUUAACAUUCAGUUUUUACUAGAUUAAUGGCAAUGAGUUUAAUUUAUUUUUAUACAUAGAACUGAACUGCUGCUGCUGGGAGGUUUGAACUUUGGCAGAAACCACUGUGUGCCACUGCUGGAAAGAAGCAUUGAAAUGCUUCCAAUCAGACUGUGAACGGAGAUUCUUGAAAGAAGGAAGAAGUGCCUUCUUUGGGUUUAGGAUGUAUUCACUACUCCAAGUCUUUGCAACGAACACAUGCAUUAUGAGGUAUUUAAGGCCAACACUGAACAAUUUCUAGUGAGGAACAUGAAUCUAAAAAGUAUCUUACAAAAAUACAGUAAAUGAUGUGUAUUAUAAAUGCGGAGUUCAAGUUGGACAAACAAAAAUCCCAUCAUGUGUUGCACCAAAGAGACUGGAAGCAAAAACCUGAGAAUCACAAAAGUGCAUUGUUCCCUUUUUAACUUUUUCAGUAAUGCAAAACCUCUUGUUUGCAACCAUCCAGUGCCUUAAAUGUAACUCUAUACUGGGUGAGUGGAGGGGUGGAGGGAUGGGUGGUGGUGUGGGGACAGGGGCUGUUGUGCAGAGUGAUGUUUUGGGGGUUAUAAGACCAGAAACUUUUGCCAGAUGAAGAUUUUAUAGUUUCUCUACACUUAGUUUCACUCAAAUUAAGCUAAAACAAAUACAACUUGUAAUGAAUCCUCCCUUCACUAAAUUUAUAAAGGGGUCCUAGUAAAUCUUAAUUGGAGACCGCAUUCAUUUUAGCUAAGUGUACCUGGAAAAACUGGCAUUCAUGUGUAGAGACAUAAAGAAUGAAGAACGAUCACGUGAAUGGACCUUUUUGAGAAAAAGUAAGCUGACCCUUGAACAUGAAUGUUGUGUUAAUUUGCCCCAUAACUAAAGUGAAAUUGACCUCAUUAUUGGUGAAUGAAAUCUAUUUCUGUUCGACCUGCAUCAAUGCUUUAUUAACUAUAUGCUAAUGCAGAAGAAUAAUGUCCCCCUAUUUAAUUGUGGCUGGUUUACCUGUAUUCUUUUUAAAAAAUACUUUGGUGUUACAAAAAAAGGAUUUUCAUGUGAAAGGAAUACACCAAAGGAUUUCCGUUUGUUGAUAAAAUGUCUGAAACUCUCCCUCUUCAUCUACAUUUGAGUCCAAUAAUGAAUUUCUGGUGCAGGCACUAGUGUUUAGAUGGCUUCGGAAUAUUGUAAAUAACUAUUAGAGACUGGGUGAAAAACAGAUUGAAUGUAUGUGUUUACCUUGUAUGGAAACAGUCUAUUGUUUGCCCUGGUAUUAAGUGCUUUUAUUUUUAGGUCAAUAAAUGUAUUUGGUUAGAA